CCGGAAGCUGCCACUCGAGUAGCGCGUGGGGUAAUGUCGGCCAGCGGGGCUGUGCAGCCCGGACCUCCGGGGGCUGCCGUCGGCCCCUCGCCCACCGCGGCUGCGUUAUCAGACACCGGACCUUUGUUCCGGCCCCUCAGCGCCGAGGAUGAGGAGCAGCAGCCCACUGAGAUCGAGUCACUGUGCAUGAACUGUUACCGGAACGGCACGACGCGACUUCUGCUCACUAAGAUCCCCUUCUUUAGAGAAAUAAUCGUGAGCUCCUUUUCCUGUGAGCACUGUGGCUGGAACAACACCGAGAUCCAGUCAGCAGGAAGGAUCCAGGACCAAGGAGUGCGCUACACCUUGACCGUUAAGGGCCAAGAGGACAUGAACAGAGAAGUGGUGAAGACAGACUCAGCCACCACAAGGAUCCCUGAGCUGGAUUUUGAAAUUCCAGCUUUCAGCCAGAAGGGAGCUCUGACCACUGUGGAAGGACUCAUCAGCCGCGCAAUCUCUGGCCUGGAACAGGACCAGCCGACACGACGGGCAAUGGAAGGUGCUAUAGCCGAAAGAAUUGAUGAGUUCAUUGGCAAACUGAAGGACCUAAAGCAAAUGGCUUCCCCGUUCACUCUGAUCAUUGAUGAUCCCUCAGGAAACAGCUUUGUAGAAAACCCACACGCUCCCCAGAAAGAUAGCGCCUUGGUGAUCACAUACUACGACCGGACCCCACAGCAAGCUGAGAUGCUGGGGCUCCAAGCAGAAGCACCAGAAGAGAAGUCGGAAGAGGAAGACCUUAGAAACGAAGUGCUCCAGUUCAACACAAACUGCCCAGAGUGCAACGCCCCCGCUCAGACCAACAUGAAGCUUGUCCAAAUCCCCCACUUUAAAGAGGUUAUCAUCAUGGCCACCAACUGUGAGAGGUGUGGGCAUCGGACUAAUGAGGUGAAGUCCGGAGGAGCUGUAGAACCUUUGGGUACCAGGAUCACCCUCCACAUCACAGAUCCCUCAGACAUGACCAGAGACCUCCUCAAGUCUGAGACCUGUAGUGUAGAAAUCCCAGAGCUCGAGUUUGAACUGGGAAUGGCUGUACUUGGGGGCAAAUUCACCACUCUAGAAGGACUGCUGAAAGACAUCCGAGAAUUGGUAACCAAAAACCCAUUCACGCUGGGCGACAGCUCCAAUCCUGACCAGUCAGAGAAACUGCAGGAGUUUAGCCAGAAGUUGGGCCAGAUCAUCGAGGGCAAGAUGAAAGCCCAUUUUAUCAUGAAUGAUCCAGCAGGAAACAGUUACCUGCAGAACGUGUAUGCACCUGAAGAUGACCCGGAGAUGAAGGUAGAGCGGUACAAGCGCUCCUUUGACCAAAAUGAGGAGCUCGGCCUCAAUGACAUGAAGACAGAGGGCUAUGAGGCAGACCUGGCCCCACAGCGGUAGCAGUGGGCAGCCCACAGGCCAGCUGCAGGGCACUCACACUGCAGGUUCUUUGUUACUGUCGGAGAAGGCUGAGUGUUCAAGCCCUCCUCCGUGGAGAGGAGGAAACCACCUGAGUUAGAAAUCUAAGCACACGAGGUUAGCAGCUGACGAUGAUGCGGCUGCAGGCCUACUGUGCUCCUUGACCUUCCUUUGGCGGUUUUAAGUCAGUGUGAGAAGAACACCACAAACACCAUGCGUCUGCCAUCACCUUUUGUCUGUCAGCUCUCUGGCCUCCAGUGCUGGACCUUUGAAGUGUGAAGUGUGGAGAAGCGAAAUACAAGUUGCAGCUGGCUUUGGACUUAUGCAGUGCUAACUUUCAGCAUAGAAGAAUGACUGAGGGCAGGCACAGGUAAAGGAGCUUACAUUAAAGUGAUGGCUUUUAAACAACA